AUGCCGGACGUUUUUGCGGUUCCCGUGUUCUUCAUCGUGUUCAGAGAGACCCUCGAGACCGUCAUUGUUGUUUCGGUGCUGUUGUCAUUCCUCAAGCAACAGCUCGUUCCAGAUCGAGACAGGAAUGUAUACAAGAAGCUGCGUAAUCAGAUCUGGUUCGGUACACUCGUCGGGUUUGUCAUCUGUUUGAUCAUUGGAUGUGGUAUGAUCGGUGCAUUCUAUGGAAUCGGCACAGACAGUUGGGGCUCGACCGAAUAUAUCUGGGAAGGCGUAUUUGCCCUUAUUGCUUCCGUCAUUAUUGCCCUGAUGGGUGCAGCACUCCUGCGUAUCUCCAAGAUGCAAGCCAAGUGGCGGAUCAAGCUGGCCAAGGCCCUUGAGGCCAAGGACAACAAACACGCGAAACUCGGCAACCGCUUCAAGGCGUGGGCUGAAAAGUAUGCCAUGUUUCUCCUCCCCUUCAUCACCAUUCUGCGCGAGGGUAUCGAGGCCAUUGUCUUCAUUGGUGGGGUGAGUCUCGGUCUGGAGGCGAGCUCGAUUCCAUUGCCAACCGUGUGUGGUCUCGCCGCAGGGUGUGCUGUCGGUUUCAUCAUUUACAAAGGUGGAAAUAUGGCUCCCUUGCAGUUCUUCCUCAUCGUCAGCACCUGCUUCCUUUACCUCGUGGCCGCCGGCCUCUUCUCCCGCGGAAUCUGGUAUCUGGAAGCGGACAGCUGGAACAAGGCUACUGGUGGUGACGCUGCUGAGAAUGGCUCCGGACCGGGCUCAUACGACAUCCGUCGCAGUGUCUGGCACGUCAACUGCUGCAACCCUGAGUUGAACGGUGGGGGUGGUUGGGGUAUCUUCAAUGCACUAUUGGGCUGGCAGAACAGUGCCACCUAUGGCAGCGUUAUCGGAUACAAUGUCUUCUGGAUUGUCGUCAUUGCUGGCCUCGUUUUGUUGAGAUUCAAAGAGACCAAAGGGCGAUAUCCACCCACCAAGGCCAGAGCAGGAGAUCGUGCUGCUGUACCGAUGAAAAGCAGUGAUGACGGGACUAGCAGCGGUAGUGUCGAUCCGGCAGAGGAGAAGUUGGUACAUGGUAGCAAGUCCGCUGAGGUCGCCAGUCAGGCAUGA